AUGAAAUGCAGUGUCAAGUAUCCAGGACAACCACUUCACAAAUAUCAUCAGAAUGGAGACUUCAUUCUUGGGGAGAUUGCAUCUCAUGGACUUUUCCUCUCAUAUGCCAAAGAUUUCACAAAAAAACCUCUGCCACCCUUACCAGAAGAGCUUGUAAUACUUCCAAUGAAUUACCAGCAUAUCCUCGCUUUGGCUUUUGCAGUAAAGGAAAUCAAUGAAAAUCCUCAGAUAUUACCAAAUAUAACAUUGGGAUUCCAUAUUUAUAAUAAUUAUUACGAUGCAAAAUGGACGUUUUAUUCCACAAUGCUACUUACCUAUACACUAGAAAGAUUUUUUCCAAAUUACAACUGUAAUAUGAAGAAACUCCUUGCAGUGAUUGGUGGAUUAGAUUCUCAUACUUCUCUUGAUAUGGCAACAGUCCUGGAAAUCUACAAGAUUCCUCAGCUCACCUACAGUCCCACUCCAGUGAUAAAGGACAAAUCUCCUGGGCUUCCCUUCUACCAGAUGGUUCCUAAGGAAGACCUUCAAUAUGAGGGGAUUCUUUCUUUGCUCCUGUACUUCAAAUGGAUGUGGAUUGGGAUGGUUGUCAUGGAUACUGAGAAUGGAGAAAGAUUUGUCCAAACAGUGAUACCCCUGUUUUCUCAGAAGGGUGUCUGCUUUGCAUUCAUACAAAAGAUCCCCAUUCCAACCUUUAUAAUGAAUAUUGAGUGGAUGCUGAAACAGGGGAACAUAAUAUAUGAUACACUGAGAAAAAAUAACAAAGUUAAGGUGAUACUGGCCUACAGUGAAUCACAUUCCUUGGGAUUCUUUCGAUUUCUAUCCUAUUUAUCAGAUGAAGAAGUAGAAAGUAAACACAAGAACCCCCUGGGCAAAGUAUGGCUCACCACAGCCCAAAUGGAGCUGACUUCUUUUGGAUUUCAAAGAGAUUGGGAUUUAGACAUUUUCCAUGGAGCUAUAGCCUUCACCUUUCAUUCCAAUCAUGUACCUGACUUUCAGGAGUUUAUAGAGAAUCAAACACCAUCUGGUGCAACAGGAGAUGGUUUUAUCAAAACCUUUUGGGAGAAAACAUUUGGCUGUCUAUUUCCAGGUACAGUUGUAAAUGAAAUAAAUGUGAAACAUUGCACAGGGGCAGAGAAAUUGAAGAGCCUCUCUCCCCCCAGUUUUGAAAUGGAUAUGACUGGUCACAGCUAUAGCAUCUACAAUGCUGUUUAUGCUAUAGCCCAUGCUUUCCAGGAUAUGAUUACAUCUAGAUUCAGAAACAGGACAAUGGUGGAUGAUGGACUGCAACUUCACAAACAAUCAUUUUGGCAGCUCCAUCACUUUUUGAGGCAGGUCACAUUUAAUAACAGUGUUGGAUGCAAGAUAUCCUUUGACCAAGAUGGAAAGUUAAUAGCUGGAUUUGAUAUCAUCAAUUUUAUUCUUUCUAAAAAGAUAACAAAAGUGAAAAUUGGAAGGAUAGACCCUCAGUCUUCUACAGAUCAAUCAUUCUUCAUUGAGGAAGAUGCUAUAACAUGGCACAGCUGGUUUAACCAGACACGUCCUGUUUCCGUAUGUACACCAAGCUGCUAUCCAGGGUCCAGGAAACAGGUCAUGGAUGGGGAGCCAUUUUGCUGCUACUCUUGCAUGUCAUGUCCAGAAGGAAAGAUUUCAGAAAAGGAGGAUCUGAAUGACUGCUAUACUUGCACAGAAGAAAAAUAUCCCAACAAAAACCAGGAUUCAUGUAUUCUCAAGGACAUAAGUUUCUUGUCUUACAAAGAACCUUUGGGGAUCAGUUUAGCGUGUUUUUAUCUUUUCUGUUUCACAAUCACAAUUCUCAUACUAAGGACAUUUUUGAUGCAUCACAACACUCCUAUUGUCAAGGCCAGCAAUCGGAAUCUUACCUACAUGCUCCUGGUCAUUCUUCUGCUCUGCUUCCUUUGUGUAUUACUAUUCAUUGGUCAGCCAAGCAAACUGACAUGUAUUCUCCGACAAACUUCUUUCAGCAUCAGCUUCUCUGUGGCUAUUUCCUGUGUGCUGGCUAAGACUGUGACAGUGGUCCUGGCUUUCAAGGCAACCAAGCCAGGAAGUAAGAUAAAGAAGUGGCUAGGGAAAAGAUUGGGCUACACUUUUGUUUUAUCUGGCUUCUUAAUUCAGGUAGGGAUUUGCACUAUAUGGUUGUCCAUCUCUCCUCCUGUUCCAGAUGCUGACCUGCACUCAGAGCCUGAAAAAAUUGUCCUACAAUGUAAGGAAGGGUCCAUGAUUAUGUUUUACUCUGCAAGAUGCUAUAUGGGCUUCUUGGCGAUGACCAGUUUUAUAGUUGCUUUCUUUGCCAGGAAAUUACCAGAUACAUUUAAUGAAGCUAAGUUCAUCACUUUCAGCAUGUUGGUCUUCUGCAGUGUUUGGCUCUCCUUUGUCCCAACCUACCUGAGCACCAGGGGAAAAUACAUGGUGGCUGUGGAGAUCUUCUCAAUGUUAGCCUCAAGUGCUGGGCUGCUGAUCUGUAUCUUUUUCCCCAAAUGCUAUAUUAUUGUUCUUAGAUCAGAUUUAAACAACAGGCAGCUAAAAAGACAGACACAGUAG